AUGAUGUUUGACGGCUUACUUCUGUAUGCCAUCACGGCGGCAGCCACGGUCAUUCAGUCCGAUGCCCACUUUUAUGGGGAGAGCCCGCCUGUCUACCCAGCUCACGCUUAUGGGAAAGCCAAAGCUCUCAUUGCGGAGAUGAGUCUCGACGAGAAAGUGACUUACCAAGCUGAGAGGUCAUUACCUUGGAGGAGAGUUCCGCACCAAAGGCGUGAACGUGGCUUUAGGGCCUGGUACAACAUCCUGACGUCGGAUCUUAAGACUGGCGCUGACUCGAUAAUAGCCGUUGGACCGUUGGGUAGGGUAGCUCUUGGCGGUCGGAAUUGGGAGGUGUUUUCCAACGACCCUUACCUCUGCGGUUCGCUCGCAGCCGAGACCAUCACUGGCAUUCAGGAGCAAGGGGUCAUGGCGAGCGUCAAGCAUUUCAUUGGCAACGAACAGGAGACAAAUAGAAGGCCCCUCGAGGGGUCCGAACCCCCGGUCGAGGCGGUGUCGUCUAACAUUGACGACAAGACCCUCCACGAGCUUUAUCUCUGUAAGCUACUCAAUGGGGUGCUCAAGACGGAACUCGGAUUUCAGGGCUUCACCGUCAGUGACUGGGAUGCCCAGCGAGUCGCGAGUGCUCUCGCCGGCCUCGACAUGGCCAUGCCUGGUUCCGUAUAUUGGGGCGCCAAUCUUACCACAGCAAUCCAGAAUGGCUCUGUGCCGGAAUCACGAUUGGAUGACAUGGCUACAAGAGGGCCACAUAAGCGAAUCAAUGCCAGAGACCCCAAUGCGGUUCCGGUUCUCUUCCAGGGGGCAACCGAAGGGCACGUACUCGUGAAGAAUCUAGAUGCUCUGCCAUUGAAGGGGCCGCAAGUUGUGUCAGUCUUUGGUUAUUCCGCCACUACCUAUCAGGCCUGGGGUCCCGUGCAGGGGAUGGACAUGCUCAAGUGGCUUCUUGGACAGACUAAUGCGAAUCUGACGGAGCUUCUGCUCGCCUCCCGCUCUCAGGAUCUGAGAUCAUCGGCCAUCGCGAUGAACGGCACCAUCUUCACGGGCGGCGGCUCAGGCUCGACCACUCCAGGCUGGAUAUAUAGCCCGCUAGACGCGCUGACGCAGCGCGCCAUGAAGGAUGGUACGGAUCUGCUUUGGGACACGGUCAGCCCAGCCCCGUCCGUGUCCGAAUCCGACGCUUGUCUGGUGUUCAUCAACGCCUGGGCCACGGAGACACUGGACAGAUCCGCGCUCUACGACGAUUACUCGGACGGGCUCGUCAAUUCGGUGGCGGACCAGUGCAGCAACACCAUCGUCGUCAUUCACAACGCAGGCAUCCGCCUCGUGGACGGGUUCGUCGACCAUCCAAAUGUCACCGCCAUCAUCUACGCUCAUCUACCCGGCCAAAGCUCCGGAGAGGCCACCAUAGCCCUGCUAUAUGGCGACGAGAACUUCUCGGGGAAGCUGCCUUAUACCGUCGCCCGGCAGCCAAGCGACUAUGGCGACCUCCUCGAUCCGGACCUACCGGAGGGCAGUUUCACGCUCUUCCCGCAAAGUGAUUUCGAUGAGGGUACAACCAUCGACUAUCGCGCCUUUGACGCGUUCAACAUCACGCCACGGUACGAGUUCGGCUUCGGGAUGUCGUACACAACGUUCGAGUACGCCGACCUGUCGAUUUCCUGCCGGGAUGGACUGUCUCACGAUGAAUAUCCUUCGGGGCCUAUUGAGCAGGGUGGCCAUCUUGACCUCUGGGACAACCUCGGCGAUGUCCAAUUCCGUAUCAAGAAUACUGGCGGUGUCGCUGGCCAGGAAAUUAGCCAGCUUUAUCUCGACGGGACGGACAGCCUCAAACACUUACGCGGAUUUGAGAAAGUAGCUUUGGAGCCGGGACAGACUGAGACGGUGACGUUGUCGUUGACGCGGAGAGACUUGAGCGAGUGGGACACUGUUAGCCAGAACUGGAAGCUGCGGACUGGGAGGAUCAGGUUAUGGGUGGGGGCCAGCUCUAGGGAUAUCCGAUUGGAAGGUUUCUUGGAGUUGUAG